GAACCACCAAGCGGCUGGGCGGCAAACAGCGCUUCCGUAUUGUGGCAGCGGGUCCGUCCUGUUAAACCGUCCUGCCGGCACUAGUGGUGAGGUGAGGAAGGUUCCGGGCGGAAGAGAUAGGAACGAGGUGUGUGAGGAAAGACGGCGCGUUGGAGAGGCGAACCUCCUGCUUUUUCCCGGUCGGACAGGUGAGGGACCCCGAGGGCAUGGGAAGGUUCUAUGUCUCAGUCCUGCCGCCACAUAUUACAGGGGACGCCUUUCACUGACUGAGGUGAUUGGAGCAGAGACGAGGAUUCAUUUACGUCUUCCCUCCCUCCUGAAAGAGAAGAAAGGAAGCCACGUUAGAUUGGAGACACUGUCGUGUGUGAGAAAUGUCAGGGAUCAACCCCACUGAGCACGGCUUGUCCGAAAUCCUGAGCACUCUGCAAAGCCUUUGGGCCAAGAAAGAUGUCGUUCAGAUCCGUGAAGUGGUCCGUCAGCUGAUGACAACACUGGAGGACCCCCUGACCACGCUGUUGGAUAUGCUGGAGAUCACCAGUACAUGGAGGGGGAAAGGCAAUUCUCUGGCAGUUUUAAUUGCCAAUGAGUUUCAUCAGUGGCUGACGGCCAAUCCAUGUGCACGACAGUCUGGCCUACGGCUGAGGAAGCUGCAAGCCCGUGUGCUGAGCCUGAUCUCAGAAGGACAGCUUUUGGAUCUGCUGACCGACAUGUACGAGAUUGCGGAGGCCGACAGAGCUUUUUUACUGGGGCAGGUGAUCCACCUGCACAGCACCGGCAAAUAUAAAGAGGCAGCGAUUAUGGCCACCAGGUUAGAUUUGCAGCAAGAUCUGGACUUAGAAGAGAUGUGCACCCCUCUGAUCUUCCUGGAGAGAUUUAACCUUGUGGAAGCCUAUGUGCACAAUUACAGAGAGCUGCAGUGCAAACUCGUGCAGAUUCUGGAUUGUUGGAGCGCCUCCAAUUUUAAUGCCCGCAAAGUGAGCAGACAGUAUAAAGGACUUCCACCUGUCAAACCGGACAAACUGAACAUGAAAACCCUCAGCCGAUUGGCUUUCAAGCUUCUGGAACGAUAUAACCUCGACCCAGUUCUGUGUUCCAACCUGCUAAACCAGCGGCAUUUGGGAACGCUGAAAUAUCUCAUGUACAAGAGGUUUGUGGAGAAAUCAAUGACGCAUGAAAACUGGACCGAUCACGUGCAGAACACUGUUGAGAACAACCGCUGGUUACAGGAACAGCUGAUCUCCCUACUAGUCCGUUAUAGUGACUAUGCUACUGCCGCCCGCUGGGCUCUACGCUUUGGCCUCCCUAAAGAAGCCCUUCCCCUGGCUGUCUCUGACUGUUUGCAAGACCUCAGCAUUCAGGACCAGCUGUUGGAGAAUGAGAAUGUUCCUGAUAAUCUGCAGACCAGGAAGGAACACUUUUACCAGCUCCCGAUUCCCAGGGACAAGAUUCACUUCCUGCGCAGCGCUGAUGACCUGUCACUCUGCAGGGAACGUGUCUUGAAGGAUGGCCAGAUUGUUGGCGUGGAUAUGGAGUGGAGACCCAUGUUUGGAGGGCUGGGGAAGCAGACGGUGUCUCUGAUACAGGUGGCACUGAAGGAGGAAGUGUUUCUGCUGGAUUUGUUGCACUUAAAUGUGUCCAACAGCAACAGUGAGACCCUGAUGAUGAGGGAAGGGCUUAUCCAGCUCAUCAAGAAUCUCUUCUCUUGUGCAGCAAUUACAAAACUGAGUUACAGCGUUCUGGGGGAUAUCCAAAAUCUGGAAGCCACUGACCCUGAAUUUCUGGGACUGGAAAAGCAGACAUGUGGCAUUUUAGAUCUCUACACAAUACAUAAACAGCUCCAGCGUGUGCCCCAUAGACCCCGGGGAAAGAGCGAACCCGUAGAUGUCUUUGCCGAUGCGCCACCUUCAGAAGACAGAUUUUCUCAGCAGUCGGAGAAGGGACUGAGCCUUCUAGUGCGGGACAUUUUGGGGAAACCGCUGGACAAGACCGAGCAGCUGUCGAACUGGGAUAAAAGGCCUCUUCGAGAACAGCAGAUCUUGUAUGCAGCCGCUGAUGCUUAUUGCCUGCUUGAGGUGUAUGAAGUCCUGCAUCAGGAUCCUACAAGGUUUGGACUCAACCCAAAUUUCCAACAGUGCCCCAAGGGCAACUCCGCGUCUAAAUCAGGCUCUGAGAAAAGAAUGCAUCAGAAGAACACAACUGUAAGGAAGCAGAAUUUGCAAUCCCCUUCGCCCGAAAAGACCAGCAAUGCUCCGAUGCAGCCAAUUACCCCACGCGACUUCAGAGUCAUCUGUGACAACAUGCUGCAGGGUCUCGGGCGCUACUUGCGUUGCCUCGGGGUGGACGUCCUCAUGUUAGACAAUGACGAUGAGCACCGGAAAGCUGCUGAGAUUGCCCGUCGAGAUGCAAGAGUGAUCCUGACUUGCGGAUUGCCCUAUGAGACACUUCGCUCACAAGUUGGAGAGGGAAAGUGUUUCUGGGUCGAUUGCUCGGAGAAAGCCAAAGAGCAGGCCAUCAAGGUGCUGAAUCAUUUCAAUAUCCGGGUUGCACUGACUGACGUGUUCAGCCGAUGCCAGGUGUGCAACUGUGACAAAUACCUGCACAUCUCCCAGGACAAAAUGGCUCGGCUGCUGGAGCUUCACGGUUACUUGAAGGACACAAACCAAGCGCCAGCUCCCACAGAGUCAGAAGAUCAGAGAAAGAGGCCCAGUAGUGAAGAGCGACAGUGGCUGGAAGAGCUUGGGAUUUGUCUGGACUCUCUGAGUCUCUCCAGUGGUGCAGCUCUGCAACUGGACUCCAUACCACCAGGCCUUCUCCACAAAGUGGACCUGUUCUUCUGCUGCAGCCAGUGUGGCAAGGUGUUCUGGGAAGGUUCCCAUUUUGGGAGAGUGGUGUCCCAAUUCAGAGAGGUCCUGCAGGACACUGGGGAAAAUCUCUACCAGCUGGUGGACCAGAAUCCCUGAAAACUGCAAGAUGGACAGUUGUGUUGGACGCCCAACGACUGCGUGCCAUUGUGUUUGUGCCAGGCAGCCUUUCCUUAGCAGAGCAGUGAGUGUUCAUGAGUUGUGUUCCUGACGUCUCCGACCCACAAUUGCCCCAGGUCUGGUCCUUCCUCCCAAUUGUUUUUUUUUUUCCUUUUAAUGAAGAUUUAUGGACAAUACUAUAUUUUAUGUUUUUAAUAUUGUGUUCCCCCCCCCCCCGUCUUUUAAUGACUGUAUUUUAUUGCUAAAAAGUGUCAGAGAGGGAAGUGACACACACGUCUGAAAGUGGUCUUUUUUUAUAUGAAGUCACACCUGAGCGUCCAUCAACUUCCUCCUAAAACUUUUAUUUCUGGAUUAAAUGAUGUUAUGUUUCCUGUGAAUAA